GCUCACAUUGUCAGAAACAUUUGCCAGCCACAGCCAGCAGUAGCCUCUUUCCACCUCACCAUCCCAGAGGCAGCAAUCAUUGUGUCCACUAAGAUGGGGGACACAGCGCCCCCGCAGGCCCCUGCAGGAGGGCCAGGGGGGGCCUCUGGGGCGGGGCUCCUUGGAGGGGGCUCAGUCACCCCGAGAGUGCACAGUGCUAUCGUGGAGCGCCUCCGGGCUCGGAUCGCUGUCUGCCGCCAACACCACCUGAGCUGUGAAGGCCGCUAUGAACGCGGGCGGGCUGAGAGCUCAGACCGGGAGAGAGAGAGCACCUUGCAGCUCCUGAGCCUCGUCCAGCAUGGCCAGGGGGCAAGGAAGGCUGGCAAACACACCAAGGUCGCCACCACCGCUGCCACCACUACAGCCCCUGCACCACCCCCUGCUGCGCCUUCUGUGGCCUCCCAAGCAGCAUCAACAGCGGCCCCACCACCCCCACCAGACUAUCACCAUCACCACCAGCAGCACCUGCUGACCAGCGGCAAUGCUGGUGGCAGCGGUGGGAUAAACGGAGAGCAGCAGCCACCAGCUUCAACCCCAGGGGACCAAAGGAACUCCGCCCUGAUUGCGCUCCAGGGUUCCUUGAAAAGAAAGCAGGUAGUUAACCUGUCUCCUGCCAAUAGCAAGAGGCCCAAUGGCUUCGUCGACAGCUCGUUCCUUGAUAUCAAAAGAAUCCGCAUCGGGGAGAACCUCUCUGCAGGAUCAGGUGGCCUCCAAGUCAAUAAUGGACAAAAUCAGAUUAUGUCCGGGACCUUGCCUACGAGCCAAGCCCCCCUGAGAAAGACCAACACUCUGCCCUCCCACACACAUUCUCCUGGCAAUGGGAUGUUUACCAUGGGCUUGAAGGAGGUGAAGAAGGAGCCGGGAGAGACUCUGUCCUGCAGUAAGCACAUGGACGGCCAAGUGACCCAGGAGAAUGUUUUUACUAAUAGGUACGGAGAUGACGCUGGAGAGCAGCUGAUGGACCCUGAGCUGCAGGAACUGUUCAAUGAACUGACCAACAUAUCUGUGCCUCCCAUGAGUGACCUCGAGCUGGAGGACAUGAUCAACGCCACCAUCAAGCAGGACGGCCCGUUCAGCAUGGACUUGGGCCAGCAAGGCCAGAGGAGCACACCCAGGCCCUCCUUGCCCAUGGAGAAGAUAGUGAUCAAGAGCGAGUUCUCGCCGGGCCUGGCUCAGGGCCCCGCAGGCUCUCCACAGUUGAGGCCCCCGUCGGCUGGCCCUGCGUUCUCCAUGGCCAGCUCUGCCCUUUCCACAUCGUCCCCCAUCCCUUCAGUCCCUCAGAGCCAGGCUCAGCCUCAGACAGCCUCAGGAGCUAGCCGGGCCCUGCCCAGCUGGCAGGAAGUCUCCCACGCCCAGCAGCUCAAACAGAUAGCUGCCAACCGCCAGCAACAUGCCCGGCUGCAGCAGCAGCACCAGCCCGCCAGCUGGUCAGCCCUGCCCUCCACUGCGGGACCCUCCCCAGGUCCCUUUGGGCCAGAGAAAAUCCCCAGCCCUUCUUUUGGUCAGCAGCCGUUCAGCCCACAGAGCUCACCCAUGCCUGGGGUAGCUGGCAGCAGCGGCCAGCCGAAAGCAGUGUCCAGCUACAUGUACAAGGCCAGCCCCUCAGCCCAGGGUGGGCACCUGGAUGUGCUCAUGCAGCCAAAGCCUCAGGACCUCAGUCGAAGUUUUAUUAACAACCCGCACCCGGCCGUGGAGCCUUGUCAUGGCAACACCAAGCCUUUGUUCCACUUUAACUCAGAUCAAGCCAGCCAGCAGAUGCCUUCAGUUUUACCUUCCCAGAACAAGCCUUCUCUCCUCCACUACACCCAGCAGCCGCAGCCGCAGCCGCAGCCGCAGCAGCCGCAGCAGCAGAGCUCAAUUUCAGCUCAGCAGCAGCAGCAGCAGAGUUCAGUUUCAGCUCAACAACAGCAGCCGCAGCCACAGCCACAGCCGCAGCCAUCUCAGCCUGCCCAGCCUCUGUCGAGCCAGCCUCUGCUGAGGUCACCUUUGCCACUUCAGCAAAAGAUCCUGCUUCAGCAGAUGCAGAACCAGCCCCUCACAGGACUAGGAUAUCAAGUCUCCCAACAACACAGACAGGAUCAACACUCUGUGGUAGGCCAGAACACGGGCCCCAGUCCAAGUCCCAGCCCCUGCUCAAAUCCAAACACUGGAAGUGGUUUCAUGAACUCCCAGCAAUCCCUGUUGAAUCAGCAAUUAAUGGGAAAGAAACAGACCCUGCAGAGGCAGAUCAUGGAACAGAAACAGCAGCUUCUUCUGCAGCAGCAGAUUCUGGCUGACACGGAGAAAAUUGCUUCACAAGAUCAAAUAAACCGACAUCUGACAAGGCCACCCCCAGAUUAUAAAGACCAAAGAAGAAAUGUGGGCAGUAUGCAACCAGCUGCUCAGUAUUCUGGUGGCUCAUCAUCAGCAAGUCUAAACUCUAACCAGGCUUUGACAAACCCCGUUUCAACACACACCAUUUUAACUCCCAAUUCUAGCCUCAUGUCUACUUCCCACGGGCCAAGAAUGCCAUCAUUAUCCACAGCAGUUCAGAGCAUAGGGAUGUAUGGAAGUCUUCCUUGUAAUCAACCUGGCACAUACAGUGUCUCUUCAGGAAUGAAUCAACUGACCCAGCAGAGAAACCCAAAUCAAUUGAUAGCAAAUCAAAGCAACCCUCUGAUGCCACGGCCACCUACCUUAGGGCCAAGUAAUAACAACACUUUUGGAGCCGGAACUGUUGGCAAUUCACAAGUGAGACCAAACUUAGCCCACAGUAUGGCAAGUGUGCCAGCACAGAGAACAUCGAACGUGAUGAUCACACCCAACACCACAGCCCCCGGCUGGGCCUCUCAAGAAGCGACAUCCAAACAGCCAGAAGCCCUCAAGUCUACAGGAGUCCGCUUCCCCACAGGGGCUCCUACAGCCUACACCCCCAACCAGUCAUUACAGCAGGCAGUAGGCAGCCAGCAGUUUCCCCAGAGGGCAGUGGCACCUCCUAGCCAGUUAACACCAGCAGCGCAAAUGAGACCCAUGAACCAAAUGAGCCAGACACUAAAUGGACAAGCCGUGGGUCCGCUCAGGGGCCUAAAUCUGAGAUCCAGUCAGCUGAGCACACAGAUAUUGCCUAAUUUGAAUCAGUCAGGAACGGGGUUGAAUCAGUCGAGGACAGGCAUAAACCAGCCACCAGCCCUGACACCCAACAAUUUUCCCACAUCCAACCAAAGUUCCAGGGCUUUCCAAGGACCCGACCAUGGCAGUGAUCUAGCUUUUGACUUCCUCAGCCAACAGACUGACAACAUGGGCCCUGCCUUAAACAGCGAUGCUGACUUCAUUGAUUCAUUGUUGAAGACAGAGCCUGGUAAUGAUGACUGGAUGAAAGACAUCAAUCUCGAUGAAAUCUUGGGAAACAACUCCUGA